GCUCUUUGGUGUGACUGCUCAACCGAGGAUUUCAAUAUUUGAUUUGGUCCUCCAGUUAACACAUGAAUAAUUUUCCAUUUAAACAAAAUGUCAGGAUAUUAAAGUACAUAUAGGAUUCGGUUCUUCACAAUGGCUUUAAAACUUCUCUCAAAGCAGCUACACAAUGUGAUGAAUGAACUAGAAAACCAUCCGGGGUUCUCGGCGGGGCCGCUUGAAGAUGACAUGCUCCACUGGGAGGCAUCAAUUAUGGGCCCGGAAAAUUCUCCCUAUGAAGGCGGCCAGUUUGACCUUCGAAUAGAUUUUACAGUCGAUUAUCCACUUAAACCCCCAAAAGUUUGGUUUUUGACGAAAAUCUUCCACCCCAACGUUGAAGCGGAUGGUAAAAUAUGCGCAGAUUUUCUUGUAGGUCAUUGGAAGCCGUCCCUAUCUAUAUCUUAUAUGCUUAUGGCGAUAUGUUCUCUAAUGCUGUCACCAAAUAUGGACAAUCCUGCCGUGCAAGAAAUAGCUGACUUGUACAUGAAGGACAAGGACGAGUUUGAGAAGAGAGCCAGAGAAAUGACACAAACUCAGGCUAAAGCCAGAAUAUAAACUAUUCAAAUAUACGCAAAUAGAUGGUUAUAGGAUUAUAUUAUUAAAAAAACAGUUUGUGAGCCGGAUUAUUAUCAUCGUAAAGAAUGGUUCAGCCGUGGGUAUUCAACGAUGGGUAAUUCCAUGUUGCUGUUUCGUGCUCAAGCUGCAGUAUGAACUAUAAAAGGCAUAUAUUUGAUAUAUUGUACAUGUUUUUCAUUUUUUUUCAAGUGUUAUAACACAAUGUUAAUUUUCCAAUAUUGUUUUUAUUUCAACUUACAAAUGUUUAACAAUUAAAGCAAGAAAUCCAUU